CAGAUGCAUACAUCCACAAAUCUGGGUUUCUUAUCAGGGAGCAAUGAGAGGCCACUUUUCUGUCAUAGUGUUGUUAAUAUCAGGAACCUGCUUUGCUGCAGAAUACACUGAAAUAACUGGCUAUGAAGGAAGAAGUUUAAGGAUCAACUGUCAUUACCCUCGAGGCAACGAGGAACAGGGCAAGUAUUUCUGCCGACUCCGGGGCCUCCCCUGUCCAGACCUCAUUCGCACAACUGUUAAGAAUUCCUGGGAUGAACAAGGACGCUUUGCUUUGUUCGACAACACCAGCGCCCGCUUUUUUACCUUAAAGAUCUUCAGUCUGCAUGUGAAUGAUUCGGGGAAGUACUGGUGUGGGGUGGACAAAAGCCUGCAACCAGAUUUCAUAAGUGGAGUGCAAAUUACUGUCAUAGUUGUGGAAAAUAGUACUAGUGCUUUCACCAUACAGAAUACAGUGGAAACCAGCAGUCCUACCAUAACAGUGGACCAGACAGUGGACAGCAGACCAGACGACAGACCGCAACAAUCUCACUUCAGGUUCUUGACAGUGAUUACCAUGACAUGUGUGGGAAUGCUAUUCUUCGUGUGCUUGUUCAGUAUGAUUCAUGUACUCAAACGGAUCAACAGCUGCAACCUGUCAGUUUCUGCAUCCUACAAUCUCAGAGAAAAUCAGAAAUUAGACCCAGAACAUACAGAGGAUGACUAUGUGAGAAUGAAACCUGGUGUGGGUCGGGUUCACUCACCUGCAGAAGAGGAUAAAAAUCCACCUUCAUCAGAACCUCGCUCAAGCCUACCAAUGCCUCAAACAGGUGCAGUGGUGACCAGCAUGAGCAGCCCUGAAAUAGACCCGUACUAUUUAGAACCAUUCCCUGUAACAAAUACAGAUCUAGAUUCAGAAUACAUAGACCCAAACGCACACAGACUCGGCAGCGUUUAUGAAAACCUCAUGGCCGACUCCAUCCAAGAGCCGAUCUAUCACACCUUAGAUCUCACGUAAAGAUAAUGUCAUUGCUGGUUAUGUUGUUUUGGUGGCAUUUGAAUAAGGCACCAGAUUUGAAUCUGUAGCAGGGCCAUUGGCUCGGUAUGGAAAGGUCCAAGGGUCAGUCCAGUUCAUUGUAGGGUUGUUUUGGGGUUUCCUUAUUCAAGUUGUAAUGUGAAGAUCUA